AUGGACAACUCAAGUUAUGAAAUGGAAUAUGAUUUUUUCAAUCAAUUUCCUGACGAAACCGUUGAAGAAGUCCUUCCCGCUGCAUUUGACCGCACCACCAAUACAUUCAGAAUCAAAAGAUUAAAUAUUGGAUGGGCUUUGAAAAAAAACCACAGCAAAGCUUACAACAAGUACAAACCAGUUGAAAAACUCGCUGAAGGUGAGAGCCGUUACGACAUAAAAAUCCAUAAAAAGUGUGCUGGUGCUUUGCGAUGCCUCAAUCUGCAAUGCAAAAGACCUGAAUGGGUCAAGGAUCAAAGACCUCCUGUUGACUGGAAAGACGAGCUUGGCUGCCUCAAAAAGUUUCAAUGCCCAUACUGUGAGGCGCCAUUGAAGCGGAUCGACUGUGGUGUUGGUGCAACUUUCACCUUCCGUGUAACUGAUAUUCGCAGAGAAGACAGAGAUAGGCCAAACAUCACUGCUGCUGCUGCCAUUGCUGGCAUCGAUCCAUCUACUGGCGCCAUCACGAAAAGCGUCAGAGAAAUCAACAGUGUAAUGGCAAAUCAUGGACGCACCAAGUAUGAGAUCCGGAAGUCGAAGAUCCAACAAGAUCUAUACUCUACCAAGGAAGAUGUGGUAGCUGCCUUUGAAGAUCUUGAUGAGAAGUAUCCAGGCUUCAUGGAUUCAGCACAGAUUGUCCCUAGCAAGUUUUUUGUGAGCUUCUGUUCACCUGAAAUGCUUCAGCGUAAUCUCCCUUUCGCAGAUCAACCGAUCAUAACAGAUGUCACUUUCAAGGCUGUCCCAAAGGGCUAUUAUCUAUGCUCAAGUGUCAUCUAUAUCGAGCAACUCCGGAAGCAUGUCGUCUUUUAUCAAGCAAUAAUCAAAAGCAACACUACACAUGUUUUCAAAGAAUACUUUGUUGCUUUGUUUAGAAAAUUUGAUGUCAAACUGGAGAAGUUUUUGGGAGUCAUUAUGGACUUUUCAGCUGCCCAACGCGAAGGUUUCAUACUAGCCCUCAGGGAUAACUUUGGUGUCAAGCAGCACAAUGCAUUACUUUUUUUAAAAGGGUGCUAUAUGCAUUGGAUGCAAUCAGUCAAGCGCAUGUCCAACAACCACCAAGUUGUCAAGCCAGAUGAGAUUGAUACCUUCUUGAAGCUAGUCCAUCGGUUCCGUACCACAAGAAACAGUAUCGAAUUCUUUCGAACUGGUAAGGAGCUUUUGACCUUGUUUCCCAACUGUAAAAAGUGGUUGCAGUGGUGGCUCCAACCUGGUGUCUCAAGUAUGGUAUUCAGAUGCAAGUCUUUGAUGAAGAACGACUUGAGGCAACACAAGAGCCGCACAUCCAAUGCAAUUGAGGCGUUCCAUAGUGCCUUAUACAAGUUGAUGCCAGAAAAAAGACAACCCGUUUCGACAAGCUUAAGACUUUUGUUGCAGGUCGCCAAGCGUGAUGGAAUGAUGUUGAUGGAUUUUUAUGACAAUAAUAUCCGACCACAUUACGGAAACAAACCCAAGAAGUCAACAAAAAAGUAUGCAACUCUGUAUGAAAUUAAUGACGGCCGUGCGCCAGAUAACAACACUGCACUCUUUGGCACCAAGAAGAGAAAACAAGAAGUGGUGCUCAUUAGCGAUGCUGAGGAGGAUGGCAAACGCAAGGCCAAGAAAGCAAAAACCCGUGAUGUUAGUUUGGAUGCUGCCAUAAUUGAGCAUCUGGAUGAAACUGAUGAAAUGGAGAGGAACUGUCCCAAGAUGGAUGAUUUCCCAGAUGAUGAUAUCAGCGAUGAGAAACUGUUCCUUGAAUUACUCUCAGACGACGAAUACAAAAGCGAUAAAGCAGAAAAUGUAUUUGAUAGAACUGAGGACCUAGAUGAAGACAUUAAGAAUAUGUUUGAUGACCUUGGAAUUCCUGUUGAAGAUGUUGUCGGCUCAGAUGAAGAAUCGAAAUCGUCCGUUAUUGAUCUUGUAUCAUCUUCCUCUUCCUCUUCCUCUUCCUCUUCCUCUUCCUCUUCCUCUUCCUCUUCCUCUUCCUCUUCCUCUUCCUCUUCCUCUUCCUCUUCUUUUUCUUCUUCUUUUUUUCCUUCCUCUUCUUCUUCAUCAUCAUUAAUGAAGACCAAAUGCAAGCCCACAUCAGUUUUACAACACAAGUCUGAGCCUACCUCAUCCAAGAUGAGAGCACUAUCCGAUUCUGAUUUUUCGUUGCCUUUGCCUCCUUCGAACUCACCCUUUCCUGCAAGUGAUGGCACACGUAUUGAUCUUACGAUUCAAGGCAUUCAAAAAUCCAUAUCUGAUAAAGUAAUUGAUCUUUGCUCUCCCCCAAUGCCCCAUGAGACUUCGACAUUAGUAGCAGUCGAACCCGAUACAAGCGAUGCGACCAGGAUGACAAGUGAGGCUCCACUUAAAAAUGAUUUACCUGCCACUGCCGGCUUCUUGGUACCACAAAAAAGGGCAUCUCUUCUUCAAAAAUAUCAAUGGCUCGUAAAGGAUUACGAAAAUAACGAUCCAGGCAAAUACUCGACUUUACCUGUUCCUACGUACAUUUUCCCCAACCAAAGUAGUUCUUGUUUUAUCGAUGCAUCUUUUGAGCUCCUGCUCAAUGCCGUUCUUCCGUUUGUGGAUAUGUCUUUCGCUGAUCAAAGCAAUGUGUAUGAUAGUCUUCUUGUCAAUGCUUAUGAGUCUUAUUCCCAGCAGUCUCGUUUUGGUAUUCGUGCAGCUACCCUUACAGUAAGACAGUUUGUUUGGAAUAUGACAGAAUACAAGAUUGUCUCUGGUGCUCCCCGAAUGGUCAAGACAUUUCCAAAAGGCCAUGAAGGUGAUACCCACGAUUUGGCGAGCAAGAUACUACAGCCCUAUUUCACCAAUUUCACCAAUUUCACCACCGAUUUCACAGCCUAUUUCACCAAUUUCACCAAUUUCACAACCGACUUUACAGCCUAUUUCACCACUUUCACCAAUUUCACAACCGACUUCACAGCCUAUUUCACCAAUUUCACAACCGACUUCACAGCCUAUUUCACCACUUUCACCAAUUUCACAACCGACUUCACAGCCUAUUUCACCACUUUCACCAAUUUCACAACCGACUUCACAGCCUAUUUCACCAAUUUCACCAAUUUCACAACCGACUUCACAGCCUAUUUCACCACUUUCACCAAUUUCACAACCGACUUCACAGCCUAUUUCACCACUUUCACCAAUUUCACAACCGAUUUCACAGCCUAUUUCACCACUUUCACCAAUUUCACAACCGACUUCACAGCCUAUUUCACCAAUUUCACCAAUUUCACCACCGAUUUCACAGCCUAUUUCACCAAUUUCACCAAUUUCACCACCGAUUUCACAGCCUAUUUCACCAAUUUCACCAAUUUCACAACCGACUUCACAGCCUAUUUCACCAAUUUCACCAAUUUCACAACCGACUUCACAGCCUAUUUCACCACUUUCACCAAUUUCACAACCGACUUCACAGCCUAUUUCACCACUUUCACCAAUUUCACAACCGAUUUCACAGCCUAUUUCACCACUUUCACCAAUUUCACAACCGAUUUCACAGCCUAUUUCACCACUUUCACCAAUUUCACAACCGACUUCACAGCCUAUUUCACCAAUUUCACCAAUUUCACAACCGAUUUCACAGCCUAUUUCACCACUUUCACCAAUUUCACAACCGACUUCACAGCCUAUUUCACCAAUUUCACCAAUUUCACAACCGACUUCACAGCCUAUUUCACCACUUUCACCAAUUUCACAACCGACUUCACAGCCUAUUUCACCAAUUUCACCAAUUUCACAACCGACUUCACAGCCUAUUUCACCACUUUCACCAAUUUCACAACCGAUUUCACAGCCUAUUUCACCACUUUCACCAAUUUCACCACCGAUUUCACAGCCUAUUUCACCACUUUCACCAAUUUCACAACCGAUUUCACCACUUUCACCAAUUUCACAACCGAUUUCACCACUUUUGAUAAUUAG